AUGGCUUCACCUUCGCAGCCGCUAAGCUCCGACGACGAUGCAAGGGACGCCAAUGCGGAGUUGGACCAGCCAUCGCAUGCUAUAAGCGCUGCAGCCACACCCGUUGUCGUGCCUGUUGCUGGAUCUACCAUUGCUAAUGUGGGCAGAUCUGGUUACUCCGGCUCUGGCGCAAAGGCUUGCAGUCGUCCACCUAAACCACCUAUAAAAAGGAUCGCCACAAGGCCAAAAAGCCGUCUUGCGAUUGCAGGAGCUCCUUCUGCUUUGACUAAGGCAAUAGCUCUUUCUGCUCCAAGAACUCCAGAAGCAUCAACCUCCGUCGACGGACUGCGCUUAUUCAAAUCCAUGGGAUUUACCACAAAUUCCACAGCUGGUACUGGUUGUGGGAGUAGCAGCCAGCAAGAAUCACAGUCACUUCCACCACAAACAGAGUCUGUUAAUGAUUCUGAGCCAAUACAAAUUGAGGAUGAUGAGCCGGAAGAUGAAGCCGAGAAUUUUGGCACAAAGAGAAAGCUUACUUCUGUUGUUUGGAAGGAUUUCAAGAGGGUCAAAGUUUGUGGUGAUGUAAAGGCUGAGUGCCUUCACUGCCACAAGCGACUUGGAGGGAAGAGCACCAAUGGGACUUCUCAUCUACAUGAUCAUUUAAAAAUUUGCACAUUGAGAAAGAUCAAGAUGGGACCUAAGACUCUUGCACAAUCUUCGUUGAGAUUCAAUUCCAUCAAAGGAGGGAAAAUUUGUUAG